CAAGAGGAUAUGUGGUGAGGUGAUGGAGGUCAUGGAGUGGUACUUGGAUGUCAUUUGGCGAGCCAAAAGCCAGCCUCAGCAGCCUCAGCGAACAGCUGCUGCUGCAGCCACUGUCAGGUCCCCUUUCAGCAGAUGGAGUAGUCUGCUCCUUUUGUCCACCCUCCGCUCCAUUACUACUAGUACACCUCACACACCGCCCCUCAUCAACCACAACUCCACAGAGAUGGUGGCAUACAUCGCCACCAGCGGAGGGAUUUGGAGUCAAACAGGACGGGGCGAGGAGAACAGCGCUCUUCCGUACAUCUCUCUUCCACUCCUCUCCUUCUGCUCUCACUCCUAGGCCUGCAACUUCUCCUUGAUCACUCCCAAAGCAUUUCUGCUUAAAGGGAGAUCAUGUCCUCUCCGCUGACUCUUUCUUCUACUGCUCUUCCUUAACGUCCAACGAACUCACAGACAGAGAAAGAGUUUGUGUGUGUGUGUGUGUGUGUGUGUGAGAGAGAGAGAGAGAGAGAGAGAGAGAGAGAGAUAGCAUGGCUUCCUACCUAAUACUUUCUCUGGUGCUUCAGUCUCUCUCUCCUCUCCUGGUUACCAACACUGUUGACAGUAUUCCUCAAGCCUAAUAACCAAGAGAGCCACCGAGAAGAAGAAGAAGAAGAAGAAGAAGAAUUGCUUUGAUAUCUUCUUUCUUCUUGUUUCUCUCUUCCCUCAUAGAAGCGAUCACAGAGCAGCGGAAGCAGCAGAGAUGAGCGAACGCGAGGCACGCGAUUUGAUGAGUGUAGACUCCUUCUCACAGCUCCCCUUCAUCCGUCCGGGCCCGAAGCCUUCCACCGCUGCUUCCGGCAUCCGCCUGUUUGGCAUCGAAGUCCCGCACCACCAUAACGCCGAAGAAGACAACGCCUCCAAAGACCACGCUGCCACCGCCACCACCAGCACUAACGGAGGAGGCGAGACUGCACGGAAGUUCGAGUGCCACUACUGUUGUCGUCACUUUCCGACGUCGCAAGCGCUCGGCGGGCACCAAAACGCCCACAAGCGCGAGCGUCAGCACGCGAAGCGAGCCCACCUCCAGUCCGCCGCCAUUGCCGCAGUCCACCACAGCCAGGCGGCCAUCUACGGCCAUCACGUCCACGGCCUCUUCAAUUACCACCACCCCCUUACCCCGCUCUCCCCCGCCGCUGCCCGCUUAGCCGUCGACUCCUCUGCGAUUCCCCCGCGCUACCCUUACGGGCACACUGCCAACGCUCGCUCCGGUGCUUGUUUCCACGGCUGUCUUGGCCCGGUGGCUCAGCCCAUCACCGUCAGCCCGUUGCCGGGCCUCUGGAGAGCCCCCGGCAUCGUGCAUGGUGGCGCCGCGAGCGUAGAAUUGAUCCAUGGCCACUCUCGCGUCCCUUCAGCCGUCGCCAGAGGAGAUCACGAGCCAAGAUUCACAGGAUCAGUUGACGGAGGUGUCAGAAUGAUGGGUGGCAACAAUCUCGACACUGCUGCUGCUUCUUCUGCGACUCCCAAAACCCAAUUCGCUCACCAGUUGAUGCCCAACAUGAAGGAGAACGUGAGCUUGGAUUUGCACCUGUGAUCAGUAUCAUCUUCCUCCUUUCCUUUCUUCUUCUUCUUCUUCUUUUCAUUCUUACUCAGCUUCUUCCAUCAUGCCGUUGUAUCGUUGAGAGAUCAAUAUAGCAUCUUCUUUGGCAGA